UUGGAAAUGGCUCAUGUCGAUGUUUUCCCGUUGACGUUGUGCUUCAGUCAGUCAACAAGCUUAGAUAAGAAAACAUUAAGGUGUUAUAAUGUAACAAAUAGACUGUUUUCAAAUGUAGAAAUAGAAAAUACAGAUGCUUCUUCUUCUGUAAUUUUUUCUGAAGCUUUUCUAAAAUACACAAUUGAUAGUGAGGAUUCGAUUAAUCUAUCUUGGUUCUGGUGUGACGGCAUUGAAGAGAUUGUCGAGAAUUACUUCGGUGAAAAGAUAUCUAAUGAAUCAAGAUAUCAAGUGGUGAAACUUUUAAGACAAUGUGUACAAAAUUUUAUACAAGAUGAAUGUAACAGCAAGUAUUUAGGAAAAGUCAAAGAAGCCAAGAGUGAAGCAGAGGUUCAAGCUAUCCUUGCCCAUCACUUGUUCUCAAAACUUUCACCAACUGGAAAAUAUGUGAUAAAUGGUAGAUGUGCACCUAUUGAUUUAAAGAAAUGUCCUGCAUGUAAAGAGGACCUUGUCUCUGGGGAUACAUCUAUAGGAAAUCCAGAUUGCUGGCAUGGAUAUUCUGAUAUUCUAAUAGAUAAAAGUACUGUUAAAGUUGAUAUAGAUAAAAGUUGUGAAACAGAGGAAACUGAAGAAUAUGAAUGGCCAGAACCAGUUGCAAAGAAGCAAAGACUAUUAGAAAAGACUAAUGGGACUUGUGGAGAAGGAUCUAUUUUCACUCCAAAAGGUGAUACUUUUACCAUGUGUGAAGAUCAAUCCUUUAAAACUGAAAAAACCUUAAGACAAUCAUUUGCUCAGACUAUAACAAAUGCUUUCUAUCAAGUAAAACAGAAUCCAAAGAUUGAGAAUCUUUGUAUUCCGUCAUUUUUAGCUUCAGAUAAUAAAGUAAGGAUUAUUAUGUACAAUUGUGAACAGGACAGGCUGUAUAUAUCUGAAGAUAUGUAUCUGUUUGAUUCUUUAUGUGACCAUGGCCUGAAUGUUGGAACAAUUGUCUCCAUAUGGCUAGCAUUAAAUUUUGAAACUUUUCAAAACGAGGUUGAUGAAAAAGAUCUUACAGCUAUAGCGCUAAAGAAGUCAUCAUUUCAAGAAAAGUUACCAGAUACAGUCCUGUCAGCCUACAAACAUCAGUUGUUCAGAAUUCUGCCAACGAAAAGAAAACAAACAGAUCAACCACCUCGUACUACAAUGGGUGUAAGAGUUCUUAAAUCUAAUUAUGCCAGAAGUGUCCUAGAGAGGUUGGAAAGCUUAGACUCAAGAUUUUUUAACACACCUGACAAGUAGUCCUACAGCAUUCACUCUGAAGUAUCGGAUGACCAGGAAGAGAUUUCUGUAAAUAACGAUGAAGAAAUCGAAAGUAUCACAUAUCAGGAUGUUACCCUGCAUAUAUAUAAUAAAGGAUUGACACCAGCAACCAACCAGUAACUGACAAAGAGCUUUGGAAAAUAUACCUAUUUCAAUAUGUUCAAGCAGCACUUCAAGUGAUAUAAUGAU